CACACACACCCUUUCCGGUCUGCGAAGUGAGUUGAGAGCCCCGCGGUGGGAGCGCGCAGAGCGCACAACUGGAGACGCCCACACCCCCCAGGAGUCCGAGCUGAAACGGCCCACGAGUUUCCACAGCUCCGUCGCACCGAUCGCUCACGAACGCCCCGCGGACGCGCGCGUCGGAGGUCCGGCGGCUGCACGGGCUGCGCGCCCCCGACGGAAAGGCGCUGCGAGGGAGCGAACGAGCGGCAGGGAGCGUUUAACUCUUCCACGACCACAGCGCGCAUCCCGAAAUACUCACAUUGAUUGAUUUACUCGUUGAGCCAGUGCGUCUCACACUUCUAUCACAGCUACUCUGCUUAGAAACACUUUACCAGAGUAAUUCAGGGCCGACGCUCAGACGUGUUCCCAGGCCCCCCCCAGGUACAGGUCCUAUUGAGCGGGGGCCUUCAAGGGGGGCAUUGACCAGCAGGACAAUGGUGCCACUGUCCCCCUGUCGCCAGUCCGUUUGCUCUCGCAUUACUCUGCCGAGGAGCUCGCAGACGAGGUUCCGGAACUUUCCGCUCUUCCCAGCCUUUCGGGGCCACAGUCGACCCGUUCGGCCAAGUGCACAUUGUGAUCUUUCUAAGGAGCUGUCAGCGGGAGGGUCCUGGGCGAGUGAGACAGAUACGCGAUGUGCACGGGAAAGUGCGCGCGAUGCACGGCGGGCCUCCUCUUCCCCCUGGGGCUGUGCGCCAUCGUCGCCAACGUCCUGCUGUUCUUCCCCAACGGGGAGGUGUGGCGCAGCGAGGAGAUCACGCAACACGUGUGGUUCUUCGGCGGCGUCGUCGGCGGCGGCGUCCUGGUGUUCCUGCCGGCGCUGGUGAUGAAGGCCGCCGGGAGGGAAGAGGGCUGCUGCGCCAACAGAUGCGGAAUGAUGGUUUCCAUGGCGAUGUCAGUCGUAGGCGCCGCGGGGGCUCUGUACUGCGUGGUGGUCUCUGCGCUCGGCCUCCGGGACGGACCCCUGUGUGACACGGGGACGGGGGACUUCGUGUACCCGUUCCUCAACCAGAGCCAAGGCGAAAGCUACUUGUCCAACCAGACGCUGUGGACAGCGUGCGUGAGGCCGGCUAACGUGGUUCUGUGGAACAUCACGCUCUUCUCCAUCCUGCUGGCACUGGGCUGCGUGGAGGCGCUGCUCUGCCUCGUACAGGUGAUCAACGGGCUGCUCGGCUGUCUGUGCGGGACCUGCAUUGGCAAGAGACAGGCAGGAGAUGCCUGAGGAGACUGGCACGCCGCACAGCAGCAACCCUGUACGCACACCCUGCACACACACCCGUGGGACGAGGAGCACCCGUGCGUCACCUUUACACACGCUUUAUGGAAACGAUGUACAAUAAACUGACAAUUAUAAAGCAACAUCUAUGCGAGGAGGG